GUGUGUGUGUCUUGUGGUACCUACCCUGCUCUGGUUGGACGAGGGUCCACAAGGUCUCUUAGGCUGGGUAGAAUAGAAUGUGUGAUCCUGAUCCUGGAACCCCAGAUGUAAAGCUGGGUUUGGGUGCCCUUGUGAGUGAGGAGGCCUGGUGAGGUGAGGUGGUAUGUUGAGGUCCCCUGGCUUUCCCUUUGACUCAUGAUGUCUCACAUUCCCCCCACCCCCUUUUCCAUCCUGACCCCAUUUCUGAGCUAAAUUUCCGAACUGACUCCUCAGUUGGCAAGUUCUCAUGGUCAGGUGCCCUACAGUUAACAGACCCUGUGGGACCCUCCUCCAAACUGAGCUGGCAUGGGGAGGGGGUCAGUAUAACAGCAAGGCAGAUGUGGGGGAGGUUCCUUCAAAUCCACCCAGGAAGGGAAGAGCAUGUGGGCGUGGGUGAGGCUGGGGCAAAGGCCCCAGCCAGCCUGGCGGCACAAACAGGAAGGACAGCAGGCUCUGGCAGCCAGAAGCCUGUGGCCCCAAGCUGGCAGGAUGGCCCCCUUCCUGCAGGUCCCCCACAGCCUUCUGGGUUCCUGACACGAGAGAAGAGGUGGGGCGGGGUGAAGUGAACUCUGAAGCCAAAAUGUGACUCUCCUGGGGUCACCAGCUUGGGGAGAGGUGAAGAAAGAUGCCGGGGCGGAAACAAAGGGGCAGAUAUCACUAUGGUUAUCUUACUAAGCACAGAGUAACUGAAAAAGCAAGGGUACCGCUGCCCACCUCGUGCCCACCUUACGUUAUACCUCAAACCAGCUAGAUAGUUUCUGAUGGCACCCAUACCCUCCCUUCCCCUUUAGGCAUUGCGCAAGCUCUCCACCACAAUCUGGAAGUUAUACCCUGCGAGGGGAUGGGCAGGGCACUUCUGAGGUGCCAAUCAGCCUGCACUCGCCUCUGCCCUGGCCAUGGCACUGCUGUCAGUUUCUUGGUACCUGUCUCAACAGCAGCCUUGUCACAGCCUGCUGGAGGGGAAUCAAACAAGCCUGGACCUGAGGCUGGGACUAGCUUUCCUGUUUCUGGAGUGGAUGCCAACCCCCUGCCCACCAGCCUGCCUGUCCACGCCAGGGACACACAGACUCCUUCCCUUUCCAGACUGGAAAGCCCCCUCCUGGGAGAGCAGGAAGGAAGCAACCUGCAACUCUUCCAGCCCUGGACCUUGGGCUGAACCUACAGUUCAAGGGUACCACCCCACCAGGAGGCUGCGGGCCUGGGGCGGCCUAGCUGGAGGAGCAACAUUCAUGGUAAUUUGGUUUUUCUGGCUGUGGGGAUCAGCUCCUGGAAGUGCCCCUGUGCCUCAGUCCACACUCACCAUCCUUAUCUGGCACUGGCCUUUCACCAACCGGCCGCCAGAGCUACCUGGUGACACCUGCACUCGCUAUGGCAUGGCCAGCUGCCGUCUGAGUGCUAACCGGAGCCUGCUAGCCAGUGCUGAUGCUGUGGUCUUCCACCACCGUGAGCUGCAAACCCGGCAAUCUCUCCUACCCCUGGACCAGAGGCCACACGGACAGCCUUGGGUCUGGGCCUCCAUGGAAUCGCCCAGUAAUACCCAUGGUCUCCAUCGCUUCCGGGGCAUCUUCAACUGGGUGCUGAGCUAUCGGCGUGAUUCAGAUAUCUUUGUACCCUACGGUCGCUUGGAGCCUCUCUCUGGGCCCACAUCCCCACUACCGGCCAAAAGCAGGAUGGCUGCCUGGGUGAUCAGCAAUUUCCAGGAGCGGCAGCAGCGUGCAAAGCUGUACCGGCAGCUGGCCCCUCAUCUGCAGGUGGAUGUGUUCGGUCGCGCCAGCGGACGGCCCCUAUGCGCUAAUUGUCUGCUGCCCACUUUGGCCCGGUACCGCUUCUACCUGGCCUUUGAGAACUCACAGCAUCGGGACUACAUCACUGAGAAGUUCUGGCGCAAUGCCCUGGCGGCUGGUGCUGUACCCGUGGCGCUGGGACCUCCUCGGGCCACCUACGAGGCUUUUGUGCCACCAGAUGCCUUUGUACACGUGGACGACUUCAGCUCUGCCCGUGAACUGGCUGUCUUCCUCGUCAGCAUGAAUGAGAGUCGUUAUCGUGGCUUCUUUGCUUGGCGAGACCGGCUCCGUGUGCGGCUCCUGGGUGACUGGAGGGAGCGCUUCUGCACCAUCUGUGCCCGCUACCCUUACUUGCCCCGCAGCCAGGUCUAUGAAGACCUUGAAAGCUGGUUCCAGGCUUGAACUCCUGCUGCUGGGAGAGGCUGGAUGGGUGGGAGACUGAUGUUGAAACCAAAGAGCUGGGCAUCCAGGCUUUUGGUCACCAUGGCACUACCCCAAGGCUUUUCCUGUUCAGUGAGCAGGAAUUCAGGAUAUAAGGAGAAAACUGGGCUGAGAUGCCCUGGUGGGCUUUAGAGUAGGGGCCCAGGAUAAGAGACAAUGAAUUAAUGAGGAGCAUAUGGGGAAGGUGGCUGAGGGUCCCUGACUUACCUUGACCCAUGGCUGAAGGCUCCAUGCCCAUGGCUGGAGCUGGGACCCUACACUUCUAUAGUCAAGGUGCUUAGCCUCAAGGUUGCAGAUGCACCCUCUAGUACUCUGGGUGCAGACUGUACACUGGGCGCAGGGGGUUGUGGAAGGACAGUGCAGAUGAUUCUGGGCUUUUGACACCACAGUUCCCCCAGGGAAAGAGGCACUACUAAUAAAAACACUGACAGAAA